AUGAUGUUGGUCCCCCAACUCCCAUCAGCCACAGCCAGCAUGGCCAAAGGUCAGGAAAGAACAGGGGCAGGUGUUAUCUCCCCCUUCCCCUUCUGGAUCAAGCUCCACAGCAACACAGCCUUGCUGGCACCUUCCUGGGGCCAGUCCUCAUCUGGAUGCGGAUUUCCUGCACCUUUGCACAAUUUCUGUGGACCUGGCCUGUCUCCUUCAGCCCAUGUUUCUGCAGUUUCUGGCUCCACUCAGCACUCAAGGCCCCUGUCAGGAUGGGCUGCUCUGCUGCGCACUCUGCAGCCCCCAAGCUCAUAA